AUGCAUGAAGAUGUUCUCGCAGCAAAAUGCGCUGCCCUCCUUGAGACUUUGUUAGACAUGGAGGCCAGGCUGGCAGAUAGACACUUAUAUAGUGGCCAAUGGGACGAUAAGUAUGUCAUGUUUAUAAAGGUGCCGUACGUCGGCGCCAUCAGAAUUUCGCAAGACGGCAUCUCAAUGGCACCCUCAGACCUGGAACAGGAGCGAGUGCCCUGUGAUGGGGUGACAAUUGGUGGCUUUGGAUCUAUCCAUGUCAGAACGCCAGGAGAUGGCCGCGAGACAAGGCGCGAUACUUCAACGCCAAACGCCGCCGCCGCUCUCGCAGGUGGAACAUCAUCAGUUUCACAAUCCGAGGAAGAUGUUACCGAGGGCUCUUCGGGUGAACUUCCAACACCAGACCACACGAUAACGGAUGCUACUACUGAUGUGGAAGACUGGGUGUUUCAAGGCUUUGAUACUGCUUUUUUUAAUUCGCUAAUGCGUGGAGCCGGUGAGCAGCUGCUUAAUAGCACUGAGGCUGAAGAAUGGAAUUACACUAGUCUCACGUAG